UUUAUUUUGACUUUCAGUCACAUUUCCGAAAUUUACUCCUUCGCUUCAAUUCAAUUAUUCUGUGUAGCUUGUGUUGGCUGUUGUCGGAGCGAACAGCAGAAAGUAAAUUUUCAUUAGGCGUAUUAUACUGCGCAGAUUAUAUCGAUAGGCGUGAAAGGCCAGCCUGCAAAGUGCACUCUGUUGCUGUGAGAAUGUAGGUGUGAAUCUUUGCAUUUUCAAAAACGUUUAUGUAGAGAAACAUCCUUGGGUGUAUUCUUGAUGGCUGAAAACGGAGCAGCUGCCACUGAUCAUGCCUCGCCGACAACGGCAGCGGCUUUUGGCAAUGAAGGAUCUUCCCGAAAGCCAGGAGCUAAUCCAUCUGAGACUUUCGUGAACAUGCUUGGUGAAAUGGUGGAUCAAAAUGACGUUCGUGACAUCGCUGCGCAGCAAGCAUUGAUGCUAAGCCGGUUUGAGAAAACCAAUGAGAAAUUGGAGCGCUUCAACAGCCUGGAGGCUGGUCGAUUCAAUCAGGCAAUGGAACAGUUCCGCUCACACACGCGAGUGCUUUCGGAUAUGAAAAAGGACCUUGACUCAGUCUUCCGUCGGAUCAGGCUGCUGCGAGGGAAGCUUUCACGCCAGUAUCCGGAUGUGUUUGAAGCAUACGACAGAGAGCAUGGUGUGGACAGAGAGGAGGAGGAGGAAGAUGAAGACGAAGAGCAAGAACAUGAACAAGACAAGCAAGCUGAAGGCCAUACAGAUAGUGCUGCUGCAAGUAACGUUCAAGAGACAGAUCCCGCCGCCAUUAAUGUGGAUGUUCCAUCAUGAUACACAUAUCUAUUGCUUAGUUCACUUCUAUGUCCAGUUGUCCACCCCCCCCCCCCCCCCCCCUGUCCAACAUCAUGAAUUGUUACAUUCUCAAAUCACGAAAACUGACGACUGCACAAAAAUAAUUCUGAAAUUAGAGUGAGAUGUGGAGCAUCGAGUAACAGCAUGUCCAGCAUCAGUGUUUCAAUCACUGCGUUAAUUCUUAGAAUAGUCUGCCAUGCAAACUCCUAGCUCAACAAUGGGUUUGUGUUUUAUGAGCAAUCAAACACACACAGCCAAUAUCAAUAUUCACUGCGCUCUCAAGGCAGCCGCUCAUACUACAGGAAAGGUUAUAUGAAUUUCAGUCGCUUUUAUGCUGUAGAUUUUUAUGCUGCUGGUCAGUUUGAUGCCGAAAUUGAAUUUUUAAUGAAAGUUAUUUUAAAAUA